UCUGCGGAUUCGGCACUCUGCGGUUUGUGGGUGGGCAUAUAUAAGGGUGUAGGGGGCUUCCGAGCCGCAAGCCCCAUUGCAUCCAGCCCCUUGUAGACUCAGUGAGCAGAAUGACCAGCCAGCCAAUGGAGACUCUGGGUCAGUGGAAAGUCACUGUCUGGGAGGAGGAGAACUUCCAGGGCAAAAGAUGUGAGUUCCUCAUGGAGUGCCCCAACAUUAUGGAGCGAGGGUUCCGGAAAAUCCGUUCCAUCAAGGUGGAGACCGGACCAUGGGUCGGCUUCGAGUAUCCAGAAUUCCAAGGGCAGCAGUUUAUCCUGGAGAAAGGAGACUACCCUCGCUGGGAAGCAUGGAGCGGAAACACCAGCUACAGAACCGAACACCUUCUGUCCUUCCGACCUGUGAAAUGCGCUAACCACAGCGACAGCAAAGUGACCCUAUACGAAGGAGAGAACUUCCAGGGCCGCAAGUUUGAGCUGAGCGAUGACUACCCCUCCCUGCAGGCCAUGGGAUGGUGCACCAAGGAGGUGUCUUCCGUCAAGGUCAACUCUGGCGCCUGGGUGGCAUAUCAGUUCCCCGGAUACAGAGGAUACCAGUAUGUGCUGGAAAGGGACAGGCACAAUGGUGAAUACAAGAACUAUAAUGAAUACAGCACUCAGGCCCACACUAACCAGAUCCAAUCCAUCCGCCGCAUCCAGCACUAAGGAGCCGCCCCGGGACCUCACCGCCACUCUGCCUAUCCCCCCCAUCCCUGCCGCGCCGUGACUCGGAGCCAAGCUGACUGCAAUAAAUACAACUUUAAAAAUA